AUGGCCUCCAUUUCUAGACCAAUUACUGAGUUUUGCCUUGACCUUUAUAAAGAGUGCAACAAAAACACAGAAGGCACGAAUAUCGUCUUCUCUCCGACGAGCAUCUCUAUUGCCCUGGCUCUCAUCCAGUUGGGUGCAAGGCACAACAGUGCUGCUCAGAUAGAAAAAGUGCUUCACUUGAGAAAAGCUACAGAAAGAACGAGCCUUGGAUCUGCUGCUGAGAGCACAGCCUCAGAAACUGAGCUGGAACAAAGCCAGGCAAGACAGCCUUCCUUCUCAUUGUGCUGCAUGGAUGGGGGAGCUCACCAUGAAGCGUUCCAUGAGCUGCUUCUACAACUACAAAACCUUGACAAAAGAUAUAUUUUAAGCUUGGCCAACAGUCUGUUUGUGCAACAGCAAUUUGAAUUCCGGCGGCAAUAUUUAAUGUGCGCUAAGGAACUAUAUGGAGCAAUGCUGCAAAUAGCUGACUUUCAAAAUGCUGUUGAAACAGCCAGAGAAAAAAUUAACUCUUGGGUUGGAAGUGAGACACAAGGUAAAAUCAAGGAACUCUUUGCUCCUGGUGUGAUCGAUUCACGUGCAGUGCUAGUGCUGGUGAAUGUAAUCUACUUCAAAGCAUCUUGGGAACACAAGUUUGAGGAAAAAAAUACAGUAGAGAGAGAUUUUAGACUGAAUCAGAAUGAGAGCAAACCUGUACAGAUGAUGUAUCAGAAAGGCAAGUUUAAAUUUGGCUACAUUGAAGAGAUUGGUGCUCAGAUCCUUGAACUCCCUUAUGCUCAGAAGUCACUGAGUAUGAUUCUCCUGCUGCCAGAUGACAUGGCUGGUGGAUCUACCAGUGGGCUGGAACAGAUUGAAAGGGCAAUGACCUAUGAAAAGUUAGUGCUGUGGACCUCUUCUGAAUGCAUGUCUGAGGAAGCAGUGGAUGUGUACCUACCUCGAUUCAAGCUUGAAGGCAGCUUUGACCUCAGAUUAUUCUUACAAGAGAUGGGGAUGACUGAUGUUUUCCUUGAAUCAAAAGCUGAUCUCUCUGCAAUGUCAUUUUCAAAAACUCUCUUUCUGUCAAAAGUUUUCCACAAGACCUAUGUGGAAGUCAGUGAGGAAGGCACCAUAGCAGCAGGUGCUACAGGAGCUGUCAUUGUAAGGAGAUCUCUUCCUCUCACAGAGGUGUUUAUGGCCGACCACCCUUUCUUAUUCUUUAUUAGGCACAAUCCCACCAAUACUAUUCUUUUCUCUGGCAAGCUCUGCUCACCUUAA